UCCACGAUUGGCAGAGUAAUUGUGUCAUAAACAACGAAGAAUGAUUGCCAACAUUUUCAGUUACAUCUUGAUUAAAUUAUAUAUAAUGCCGUCGUUUUGCCGCGCGAGCGUAAAAAGAGUAACCGGAUGUCCAAUCAAAAAGUUAAUCAACUAAUCUAAUGUGGAAAAAAUAGACAAUUAUUCUUGUAAUCAUUAUGUAGCUUUUUGAUUGUCACGUUACUCGGUGCGGUCCAUUCGCAUAACCAUCUUUUAGUUGCAGUCGGCUGAAAUAAUGACUUUUUGUAAAACUUGUAAAAUCGAUUGGACAUCACUAGUAAGUACAGUGUUGUAAGCUUCAGAUUACAUUUACUCUAGUUAGGGGAAAAUUACCUAGUAAUUACGAAACGAAAAUACGUACAAAAUUCUAUAAUCUGAUUUGGAAUGAGAAGUAUGUGGUUUCUUAAUUAAUAAUAACUAAAAAUAAUUGUUUGAAUCCGAAUUAUCGUUGAAAUCAUUAAUUUCUUUUAUUUACGAGGAAUAUUGUAUAAUUUCCUAGCCACCCUACAAACGUCAAAAUGAAGGUUUAUUUAUGAAGAUAGUUAUAAUCUUUGAAGAUAUUUUAAUGUAAAUUCAAAUAAUUAAUAACAGAUGAAAACGUAAGAUUAAUAAUUUCAGUCCAAUUUUCUAAACUAAAUAGGUAUUAGUGAUAAAAUCAUCAAAACACAGCCGAAAGAUAAAUUUAAUUAACAACUUUUGAUAGCAGAGAAAUAAAUUGAUAACGAUCUUUUAAACGAUAAGUUUAGUUAGUAUUAUUUGCGAAUUUUUAUUAUUUUGUUUUAUUAGUGAUUGUAUCAUAAUAUUCAUUAUUGUAAAUUAAAACUUAAUAUAUUUAAUAGAAAUGACAUUGUGUAGAACGUGUUUAUCUAAAAGCGAUCUAAAACAAUUAUUUCCUGAUCACAAUCUUGUGAAUAUACGGAUUGAACAACUACAUUUAAUUUGCGGAAUAAAGAUAGACCCAAACGAUGGCUUGUCUCAAUUAAUAUGUGAUACCUGCUUAAAUCUUUUCAAUGGAGCAUUAAAACUGAGAGAACAAAGCUUAAAAUCCGAAGAAAUAUUAAAGAAAUCAUUAAAAGAAAUUAAAAUAGAAUUGGAACCAAUUAAAAAUGAAAUCAUAACAAAAGAUGUAGAAAAAAAUAUUAUAUCUAUACCACAGGAUGACUCAAAACAGAGUAAGAAGGUUACGAAAAAGAGGUUUGAUACCGCAAAAGCUGAAUUUUCCGUGAGAAUUGAAGAUUUUGAAUCGAGUAACGAUUCUGACUUCACGGACCAUUUCUUAAUAGAUGAUUUAGAGUCUAUAAACAGUGAUAAAGAGGUCACAGCCCGUAUAGAAGACUAUGAAUCCAGCGACAGUUUGGACCAGGAGUUUAAGAAUGUAAUAAAAACAGAGAAAAAAGAGAUUAAUAAAAUUAAUUAUUGGGAUUUGAAAGAGAAAGAGCUUUUGGAAAGAGAGAAUAGAAAACAGCAGAGUAAGGAGCAAGAUGCCAAGCUGCUGUCUCUAGCAGCCAUACCUUACGACACCAGCGGCCCCUUGAAGUGCACCUUGUGUAACAAAGUCCUGCGCAACGUCCAGAACUUUAAAUGUCACGCUAAAACACACUUCGAACCAGAGAAUGCUUGUGAAGAAUGCGGCAAGAAGUUCGUGAACCCGAGCCACAUGCGGUACCACCAGCAGCGCAUGCACGGCAGGAGGAAGAGGCUCGCGUGCGCCAAGUGUAGCUACAGAGCUGUUGAUCCUUUACAGUUACAGAAUCACACGCGCGCAGCCCACACAGGGGAGAGGCCGUACGUGUGUGACGUGUGCGGCGACUCGUUCAGGAUGCGGGCCAACAUAGCGCAGCACAUGAGGAGGCAUUUUGGAGUUAGGAACCUGCAGCUACAAGCGCCCAGCGUCGGUGAAGAAGCACUUGGCCAACGUGCAUGGCAUACAGAGACACCUGCAGCUGCCCGUCAAGUGUGUUAAAACCAGACGCAGAAGCUGUGAUGGCCCCGACUGAAUAUCUUCAAGUAGAAUCUCCUUCUUGCGAAGUGAUUAAGACAUGACCAAGAGUGGUGAUUAAUAAUUAUCACUGAAAACCCUCAAAAAGCAUGACCGGCAUUAAAGUGGACGGCCUUUGUAGAUAUUGUUAUAUUUCCGUUAAUCACCACUUAUAUUAACAAGUGUGGUGAUUAAUAUUACCACUGAAAAACCUCAAAACCAACAUGACAGACACCAAAGUUAACGGUCUUUAUAGAAAUUGUUACAUUUACGUUAAUCACCAUUUACAUUACCAAGUGUGGUGAUGAUGUCUGCUCAUGAUGAAGAGUCCCUCUGUGACUCGUAACUAGUAGAGCUUUUCUCCAUUAAUAUAUGUGAAUAAACCGUGAUUUUUAGUUAAUUUAGUAUGUCUCACUAUAGUUAUUAUAAAAAUAUAU